GGGUCAAGGUCAAGGGCAAGGGCAAGGACGACCCAGGCACAGACAUCCAUCAGUCACACCAAAGACAAAGUCCACCGACCGCUGCUUUGCUAUUCACCUUGCAACAAACUCGCCAAACGCACACCCGCCCGGACUUGUUCCAUACACCAUACCAUACACACUCAUUCGAUCCUACAAAUACUUCCUCCCCCUCUGACACAUAUCACCCUUCUUUUUCACUAUGACUUCCACCUCCGCCCAAGACGAAUUCAACGAACUCAUCAGAGACAAAGACCGUGAAUCUGCCCACCCCGAAGACAGAGACCGUGACAGUGACCACUCUGACCCCGAAUCUGCUGGCGCCGACUACUACCCUGAGAAGCAAGACACUGACGACGAACUCGACAUUCCCAAAGACAUGCGUUCCAACUACUACCUCCCCUCCAUCCGCUCGGAGGCAAACACCGGCCCCAAGGGUGUCAUUGCGGAUGCACAUGCCUUCGAGCAGGCUAGGGAACAGGCAAAGAAGCAGGCGAGGCGCUUCACAUGGCGCAAGUCUACGCCUCCUAGCUCCUACACAUGGCACGACGAGAAGGGACAGUCGUCGGAGGACGAGGACAGCGAGGGGUUCCUCCAGCGCUGGCGUGAGGCACGGUUGAAGGAACUACAGAACGCAGGAGAGAGGAUACGAUCCCGCACAACCAGCCCCUCAAGGCGGAUAUACCGCAACCUCCCCGCCGUUGACGGUGAGGGCUAUCUCGAGGCGAUCGAGAAGUCGCCGCGGGGUACCACUGUGGUGGUCUUCAUCUACGACGACCUCUCCGACAUCUCUAUCGAGGUCGAGCGCUGCAUGCGUGAAGUCGCACAGCGCAACGAGCUUGUCCGCUUCGUCAAGCUUCACUACGAGGAUGCCGAGAUCGAGGGAGCCGGUGUUCCCGCCGUCCUCGCCUACAGAGAUGGGGAGUCGGUCGCUCAGCUCGUUCCCAUCAUCGACGAGCUUGCCGACGACUCUGAUCUCAGCGCAGUUGCCCUCGAGACCGUCUUCAGGCAGUAAGUACCCACCCACCUGUGCUGUGCCCCGUAAUGGUGGCACAGCAGCA